AUGAGUGCGUUCACCCGUGAGAGGUCGGAUCCCUGCACGUGGUGUGAGAAACGUUUUAGUGAGCAGCGUGACUUCCACAGUCACCAGCAGAGUCAUACAGGACAGAACUCCUACCUCUGUGGACAGAAAGCCACAGGAGUUAUAAAGCUCUUGUUGAUGGGGAGAAGUGGAUCUGGGAAAAGCUCCUCAGGAAACACAAUACUGGGGAACAAAGCGCUCAUCAGUCCAAAACGCUACAAAGAGAAAGUUACUAAAACAUGUGAAGAACAAACCCAGCAUGUUGAAGGAAGGAAGGUGUGUGUGAUUGACACUCCAGACCUGCUGGAUCCAGAGCUCGCAGAAGAGGAGCUCCAGCGAGAGAAGGAUAAAUUGGUGUCUCUCUGUCAGUCUGGUCUUCAUGCUGUUCUGCUUGUGGUUCCAAUUGGAGAGGAGCUGCAGAAUGAGGAGGAGAUGCUGGAUUUCAUUAAAGAAUUAUUCAGUCCAGACCUCCAGAAGUUUAUCAUAGUGCUCUUUACAUGAGGAGACGAGCUCGAGGACGAUUGAAAAAUACGUAGAAAGGAAUGGAGGAGGGGGCGGCAUGGUGGUCUCCGGCAGUUGGUUCAAGACUGUGGGAAUGAAAUCCAUGUCUUCAAUAACACCAACACAAGGCAGAGACAAGUCACGGACUUACUGGAUAAAAUUAACCUCAUGGUGAGCAAGAACGGAGGUCAGUUUUACAUCGCUCAAAGAAGAAGGUCCAGUAUCCAGAAGUACAUCACAUUUUCAGAUCCAGCAGAGAUCCAAAAACAGCCUGCUGAACAAGUUCCCCAGGUGAGACUGGUGCUUCUGGGAAAGACUGGAGUUGGGAAGAGUUCAUCUGGAAACACCAUCCUUGGAAGAAACGUGUUCCAGUCCGCUGCCAACUCAACCUCACAAACCAGAGAGUGCAGUAACCACAAAGUCCUACGGCGUGGUAAACAAAUCUCCAUCAUUGACACACCUGGAAUUUUUGAUACCCAGCUCAGUAAACAGGAUGUGAUCAUGGAAAUAAUGAACUGUUUGACCUAUUCCUCCCCGGGACCUCAUGCUUUCCUUAUAGUGAUCAGUUUAGCUGUACGGUUCACCCAGGAGGAGAGGAGCACCCUGGAGGAAAUCAAAAAGACCUUUCAGAAUGCAGAGCAGUACACAAUGAUCCUCUUUACUUAUAAAGACAACCUGAAGAAGAGCAUCAAGCAGUUCCUUCAGGAUGGAGACCCUGCUCUCAGAAAGUUUGUAGAGAGUUGUGGAAAUCGAUACCACUGUUUAAACAACAAAGCACCAAGCUACAAACAAUUCAAAGGAUUCAUGGAGAGAGUAGAGCAGAUGGUGCGUGAUAACGGGACUCACUACACAGACAUCAUCUACAGGGAUGUCGAGAGAGCGAUUCAUGAUAUCGAAGGCCAGAAGUUGAAGGAAAAAGUGGAAUGGUGCAAAAGAAGAUAUCCAGAAGCAUCCAGCUCUGAGUGGCAGAAAAUCUACUGGCAACUGCUGCAGGAAUCAAGAACUGAAGCACAGGAGACUCUGGUAAAGGACAAGCACAUUGUAAUAUUGGCAGAAAGGUUUGGGGCUCUGCAGAUUUCAUCAGAGGAGAAAGAGAAGGCAAUAUAUGCCGCUCUGGAGGAGGGAAUAGGCACAAUUCAAGUGUUACAGUCUGCUUUCAGAGCAUCAGUCAAACUGGCCAAACAAAAAAUUUGUGCUCUUCAGUGA